UCAUCAGCCAUUCAAAAUCAAUAGCCUARCAUAAUAGAGCCAUUUUAACCGGCAAAGUAAUGAUAUAAUUGGACAAUAUUUCUAGGCCAAGUAUUUUUGUCCAAAUAUUUCUUACCUGAAAUGUUCCUAUGUAAAUUUUGCACAGUUUUGUAUUUUUAUGAAAAUURAUAUAUGUAAGCAUAAAUGAAUAUGAAUUUUGGUGAUAAUAGCUUCACCUUGUAUAUCACACUAGUUUCUCAGUCGACUGUAUGAAUUUUCUACCAUAGGUCUUGUGCGGAAAUAAUUGAAAAAGAAGAAAAUUCACUAUUUUAUGAAAGAGGAUAGCACAUAACAAACUCGAGUGUGGUUUUUGGUCGAAAGUGAAAUUUAUUGAAAUUUCACUCAUUUUUUUGGUAUGAAUUUCUUUUUGUGUUUGGAAGUUCGAAAGCUGAUUCAUUCAGGAAAGUCCMAACAAUAAAAAGUCAUGAGUGAGAUAUUGUCUGUAUAAUUUAGUCAUCUGACGGAUGUUCGGGGGAAUUUAUUCAAAACUCCUCUGCACUCAUUUCCGCUUGGCGUAAUUCAUUCGUCAUAAGGUAGAGAAAUAAUUUAGUUCCAAUAYAAUUGUACCCAGAAUUCUCAAUUCAGAUUAUAGGCUUGGCCAAAUAGCUUGUUUAUACAUUUGUACAAGACGUAGUUUCGUCGAUCUGCGCUUCAAAAAUGGAAUCGAGAAUCACUUGCCGGUCAUGUAAGCGAGUAUACAAUGAUCCAAGACUGACUCCUUGUUUACACACCUUGUGCCUUGAAUGUCUGAACAGAAUUGGACAAGAGAAUCCGUAUUCAUCUCAYAUCGAAUGCCCUGUUUGUAAAUCCGAAAUACCGAAACCUUCAGCGAGUGCAAAAGGCUUCUCAACCUAUCCAUCUGACAUAUAUACCAGACGUYUGCUACAGCUUUACUCUCCAAAUACAGAAAAUAACGAUACAUUAUGCAGGAAAUGCGGAAAGAAAACAGAAUUAUUUUCGUACUGCUUCMAUUGUGAAUCAUUUUUCUGUCAAAAGUGUUCCUCAUGUCAUAAUUCUGACAGCCGUGGACAUCGAAUUGUGAAGAAAGAAGAUCUUAGCCAGCAUGAUSAGAAUAKGAUAAUCUGUCGACCACUGUUGUGCGGUCAUGACUCGGCCGAGCAAAGACAUUCUCCCGUAGAAAUAUAUUGUCGACACUGCCAUAAGUGCAUAUGUAAAGAGUGCAGUACAGUAUCAGAGAAUAACCACAACAAGAUUUCUCCUUUGACAGGGGAAUGUGAUAUUGCCUGUAAAAACAUAGAAAUUUAUCUCGAUAAGGUCAUUAAGCGUGCCAAAGAAAUCAAAGAUGGCAAGAAUCUUAUUCAACAGCGACUAAACGAACUUGAUGAGCAAGUAGWUAUUGUCAAGAAAGARGUUCACGCUGGGAUUGAAAAACUGGUGGCAUUACUUAAACARCACGAGAAAGAAAUGUUCCAACACCUUGAUGACGUUCGUGAAGAGAAGAAAGAAAAUCUAAAUGCACAACAAGAGACUUUCAUUCUAUCCCUCAUACAAGUUACCAGUUCCAUKGACUUUGCUCAAGAUAUGCUGAAAAGAAAAAUCUCAGGGGAAAUYGUGACUCUCAGAGAAUACGUCGAGAACCGGCUAGAACAGUUGUCUGGCUCAACMAAAGUGGAUGCUAGGCCAGUCGAGAGCGCAAGUGUGGGUUACAUCCCAAACAAAGAUGUAAUCCGUCACAUUAAUUCAAGUGUUCUUGGACAAAUUGCUUCCAGUAACACUGAUCCRCUAUCUACUGUCACUUCAGGUGAKGGUCUAGUUCGAGACGGAGCUGUUGGAGAAGAAACAAUGUUUACCGUGACAACAUUUGACAUCAAAGGYGAACCUUGCUAUAGCAAUAUUGAUGUCUUGAAUAUCAAUAUUACGUCCCCAGAACGAACCCAAGUGGAAUCGCGGAUCAAAAAUAAUGAGAACGGCUUCUACGAGGUCUAUUUUCUUCCAACUAAACCUGGAAAAUACGACGUGGACAUCCAAGUCAACAAUAAAGCGAUCAAAGGUAGUCCUUUCCAUGUUGUCAUUCGCCCUCCAAUUUUGAUGCCCUUAAAGGAUUUUGGAACCAAUACUGGAGGAGUUGGGCUAGUCACGCAGCCUCAYGGGGUAGCAGUGAGUGACAAAGGCGAAAUCGCAUUCACAGACACCAAAAAAAAUUGCAUUCACCUUUUUGAUAAGGAAUGGAAAAAGCUUUUGGAUAUUGGGGAAUAUGGAUCGGAAGAUGGACAGCUCAACUACCCGGCYGGAAUCGCCUUUGAUAAAUCGCAGAAGUACCUUAUUGUAGCUGAUAGGGAUAACAACAGAAUCCAGACUUUUAGCAGGAAAUCUGGAAAACUAGUGAAAAAGUUUGGAACAUUUGGGUCAGGUAAUGGUCARUUCAACAARCCAACAGGAGUGGCCGUUGACAAGAAUGGUCGGAUAAUAAUCACGGACUGGAUGAACCACAGAAUACAAGUAUUCAAUGCCGAAGCAAAGUUUCUUUUCAGUUUUGGCAAUGAUAUUCCUGAGAAACUGAAACAUCCACGCGACGCCAUUUUCUGUGAGUCUCAAAACGUUUUUGUUGUCUCUGAUACCGGGAACAACGUACUGAAAACGUUUGACAAGAAGGGMAACUACCUCAACACCAUAGGMAAAGCAGGAAGCAAGAAGGGUGAACUUUAUAGCCCACGUGGCCUUGCGGUAGACAGCGAGCAACGGCUUAUGGUUUGCGAUUUUGAUAAUCAUAGAAUGCAAUUUUUCAAUCUUAAAGAUCGAAAGCCAAUGAGCUCGUAUGGAUCCAAAGGCACAAAUAUUGGACAGUUUUCGAAUCCUUUAGCUGUCGCUGUUCUUGGUGAUGAUAAAGUAAUCGUCACUGAUUGGAGRAAUGAUCGUCUUCAGGURUUUACCAUGGGRCCCAUGUGGAAGAUGGCAUAUCUAUUUGAUGUGAUGGGCCAAAAUGCAGUGAAAUGAAAUAAAAAAAGCAACAAUUUUAUUGAUUCAUUAUUGAACAUCUUUAAAGCCUUUUUUAUUAUGAUACAUUAGAUAAACGGUCAAUAAAUUGAUAUAAGGUAGAUAUAAUAGAUAUAUGUCAGAGGUCAGAAAUAUUUUUGAAAAUGACUGUAGUUCAAAUGAUUAAGAUUCCUAUUUCCUUUUWUUAAAUUUUUGGAAAUCAGUCUAAUUAUAGAUGUAACUUGAUGGGUCAAGUUAGUGUUAUUUGUACCUGAGGUGUACUUCAAGUACUAUUAGAGAGUUUUAGCAUCACGUUGACGGCUAACGGCAGAGCUGAACCAAUGACCUAAGAAUUUCGUGCCCGACCUUGCGCUUUUGGUAGUCAUUUGAAAGAGCGGCUUUUCACUAUCAUGGCAACCUCAAACUAACCCGUUCUCGCGUUGAAACUGCAACGUUAAAGUCAAAAAAAGCAGGUCACGUGAUCUUUUCUGCCGUUCGGCGUUUGCCUCUCUAUUAAUAAAUAUCGACCGGAACUCUGCUAUAAGAUCCUGUAGCAACUAGAGUGAAGUAAAAAAAACCGUGAAAUGGAUUUUACACUAACUUACCUUAAUACGAUUUUCUUUUUGUUUCUGUUUCACUAUYACACUUUAAUAGUGACUUUAAUAGUCAAAUUGUGUUUCACGGGUGUGAUGACUUCACUCUGUUCAUAGCUUUUCAUUAUGAUACUCUGGGUUUAUAUUAACAAACCUCAAAAGAUUUAUCCGCAUGUUAUAUUUAAUUUAUCAAUUGUGGUACAUGUGUACAAUCUUAGCAUGACUGUCUCAAUCUCGAAAAUAAAGCUUAACUUUAUUUGUUCA